UUGGAGUUAAUUUAGUACGAGGAUACACCGCUGCUGGUUUGCUGGACGCUUAAUAUACUUACUGUGUCAAAUUACUCCGCCGCCUGUGUUGGGGACCUAUACUCCGACAGUUUUUACGCAUUCCGGUCCAUACAUAUCCAAGUCCACAGAGUGUGUCUUCUGUGAGAUUCUGGCCAGUUGUCUGCAUGCAGGGAAUGACGACUCAUUUUAAGACGAACAAAGCUUUAAAGGUCAAGAAGGAGGUGGGUGAAAAUGCCCCGGCACUCAGCGAUGACGAGUUGGUGGCCAUGUCUGUGCGGGAGCUCAACCAGCACCUCCGCGGGCUGACCAAAGAGGACGUGGUGAGGUUGAAGCAGCGUCGACGGACCCUGAAAAACCGGGGUUACGCUGCUAGCUGUCGAAUCAAACGCGUCACACAGAAGGAAGAGCUGGAGAGGCAAAAAAUCGAGCUUCAGCAGGAGGUGGACAAGCUGGCCCGCGAGAACGCCAGCAUGAGGUUGGAAUUGGAUGCCCUGCGAGCCAAGUACGAGGCUCUCCAGUGUUUCGCCCGGACUGUGACCCGCGGGCCCCUCUCGCCGGGUAAAGUGGCCACCACCAGCGUCAUCACCAUCGUCAAGUGCCAACCACAACAACAACUCCAGCCCCACCCCGUUCUCCGCUCCCUCCUAGUGUUGACAGGACUGGGCUCUCGUUCUUCUGCCUGGUCCUUCCCGGUUCCGACCCAGCCUGAUCCCACUCCUCCUGUUACUGAGAGGAAGCUCAGCAGUUAGACUGAGGGAUGGAAUGGGGUGGCAAGCUCUAUGUGAUGUUAUGCUGCAUUCACAACUCUGUCUCCCAUCAUCUGUCUAUCUUACACAAUCUACAUUGUCUGUGCACUGUUCAACCCCACCCUCACACCCCCCAACCCCCAACCCCUGACCCCCAGCACCGGCAUGGUAUUGGGCCUCCGUGACCUUACCUCCAUGACUGAUAGCAAAGAUUUUUUAGUGUGGAA